AUGAACGGGGAACUGGAUGCGGUUAAUGAGAAGUCUCAGGAGUUUCGUCCUCCCAGAUCCAGAUCUAGGUCCGAUGUUCAGCAGGAUUCAUCAUUCGCUCAGAAUACUUCCCAAACAACGAGUGAGGACCACCGUGACGAGGCAGCGGAAAAGCGACAAUCGAGGCGCUCUCAUUCCAGAUCACGUUCCCUGGAGCGCAGCUGGUCUUUGAACGAUGGAAUAAGUAUUGGUGGUAAUGAGUUUGAAGGUGAUGCCGAAGAAGCGGCACAAGAAGCUCCAGGCGAAGAAGGGUAUACAGUGCGAUGGGACGAGAAUGAUCCUUCGAACCCCCAAAAUAUGAGUAAGGCCAGACGAUGGAUGAUAGUGAUUAUUGUUUCGAUGGGUUCGCUUUGCGUAACGUGCACAUCAUCAAUGUACACGACGACUUACAGUCAGUUGAUGAAGGAUUUCAAUUGCUCUCAAGAAGUUGCGACACUCGGACUGUCAUUCUUCAUCUGGGGUCUCGGUUUGUUAUUCCUUAAUUCAUCUUCUGGAAUGAUUCCUAAUUUGUUCACACGCAUGGCAGGAAUCGGUCCUUUGUUUCUUAGUCCUCUGUCCGAAGUAAAUGGGACGAUAACUGACAGACCCCAGUUCUAUGGCCGAAGAAAUAUCUACAUUGUCUCCUUCUCUUUGUUCCUUAUCUGGCUUAUUCCAUGCGCGGUGGCUCAGAAUAUUCAAACAAUGUUGAUCUGUCGAUUCUUCAACGGACUAUCAGGAAGUGCUUUUUUGAGUGUGGCUGGUGGAACAGUGGGUGAUAUGUUUGAUCGACAAGACCUUGCGUUUCCUAUGAUGCUCUAUACUGCAAGUCCGUUUAUUGGACCUGAAGUCGGUCCACUGGUCGGUGGUUUUAUCAAUGAUUUUACCAACUGGCGAUGGACAUUCUAUGUCCUGCUGAUAUGGACCGGUGUCCUGCUCGUUUCGAUUGUUCUCUUCGUACCGGAGACAUACCAUCCAGUGCUCCUCAGACGUAAGGCGCAGAAGCUGCGCGCAGAAACCGGAGAUGACCGAUACAAAGCUCCCAUUGAGAAGCUACACCGUUCUGUAGCCCAGACAGUCUUACGAUCCAUGUACCGCCCCAUUCUUCUCUUGACACUGGAGCCUAUGUGUCUCAACCUCUGUGUGUUCUCUGCGAUCCUACUAGGUAUCCUGUACCUGUUUUUCGGUGCCUUUCAAUUGAUAUUUGAACACGUCUACGGUUUUACACUCUGGCAGCGAGGCUUAUGCUUCAUGGGUCUCUUCGUUGGUAUGGUUCUCGCGAUUAUCUCAGAUCCCCUUUGGCGUCGCAAUUAUGCGCGGCUGGAACGAAAUUUUCAGCGAGACAAUAACGGAGACGACGACUUUCAACCGGAAUGGCGUCUUCCUCCAGCGAUUCUGGGUGGACCGCUCGUCACAAUCGGACUGUUCAUCUUUGCGUGGACCAUUUACUCUGAUGUGCACUGGAUUGGUCCCAUCAUCGGCAGUGGAAUAUUUGGAGCAGGGGUUAUCCUGGUCUAUGCCGGCAUCUUUACUUUCUUGGUUGAUGCUUAUCCUACAUUUGCUGCCAGUGCCUUAGCCGCGAAUAGCUUUAUGCGUUCAAGCUUUGGUGGAAUAUUCCCUCUGUUCGGUAUCCAAAUGUAUAACAACCUUGGGUACCACUGGGCUACCUCCCUGCUGGCCUUCCUCACUCUUGCUAUGCUGCCAUUCCCAUACCUAUUCUUUCGUUAUGGAAGUCGAAUUCGAAGUAAGAGUCGCUUUGCUACCCAUCAGAUAUAG